GAACAUAAAGCUGCCAAUGGUCUUCAAGAAGGUAUGGUCAUAGGAAGGGUACUCAUCACAAAGCUGCCUGUACACAAACUGUUGGUCACGCAGGCAGAGCGCAUAAAUGAUAUCCUUGCGCAAGUCCCGCCUGUGCAGAAUGAUGCACAGUGGAAUUGCCUUUUGUGGCUGAUCGAAGCAUUAGCUGUGCUGCGAGCCAAAGGGGGCAACUUUAGCACAAUUCCAGAAGUCACAGUCGGAGGCCAGAUGGAGGGCAAAAUAAAGGUGUUUGGCGACAUGGCCAAGGAUAGUGUUUUGAAGAGGCCAGGCUCGCUGCCUGACUGCGCUAGCAAUCUGCCACACUUCUACAUGAGAGUUCGUCAAAAAUGA